AUGUUUUCUUCAUUGAUACCAUCUAAUAAAAAUAUUCAUACACAAAAUCCGCUACCUAAAAAUUUAAAUUAUCAUUACAUCAUAUUUUCAUUAAUACUUUUCAACUUCAUAAAUUUAACAAAUGGAUUAAGUUUAACUUAUUGUUCAGAAGAAAAUUUAUCAAAUUCAGAUUCAACUUAUAAUCAAUAUAAUUCAAAUGGAUUUUGUCAUGAUCAUUGUAAUAGUCAAGGAUUCGCAGUUGCAAUAGUAAGUUCUUAUAAUUGUUGGUGUUCAAAUAAUGUACCAAAAUCAACUGUUGAUUUAAAUAAAUGUUAUAUUGGAUGUCCUGGUUACCCCGAUCAAGAAAGUUGUGGUGGUGAUGGGUUUUAUGGUUAUGUUAUAAUAAAUAAACCAAGUGCUACAAUAGAUAAUGAUGAUCAGAAUGAAACAAGUAGUGAAACAAAAUCAUCAUCUAAAACUAAUACUCCAACCACCACUUCAUCAUCCAGUACAUCAACUACCUCUCCAACAACAACAUCAAAAACUUCAUCAACAUCAUCAACUUCAACGUCCUCAACACAAACACAAACACCAACCACAUUAAUUACAAAAACAACUCAAGUAACACAAGUUCAUCUGUCAAGUGAUGUAGUAAAAGUAACUGAAUAUUAUACUGUCACUCCAACACCUUCAACAACUUCCACAUCAAGCUCAAGCUCUUCAUCCUCAUCUUCAACAGAAAUUCAAACUACAACCAAGAUAGAACCGUCAACUGUGUAUUCAGUAAUGACAGUUAAUGGAACUCAAUCAGAACAACAAGUAAGUACUAUGUAUAUAACUCAAAUUUUAAAUGCUACAGGUUCAUCUACAUCCACAAUGUCUCCAUCAACAACAAAUAUAAAUACAAAUUCAGCAAUAUCAUCAUCAGUAGUUGCUGCUGGAGCAUCAAACACAUCUGAUUCAUUACAAUCAUUAUCAUCAUCUACAUCUUCAUCUUCUGAAUCAAGCGAGGGUGCAGGAUCAUUGGAAAAUAACAACAACAAUAAUAACAAUUCAAAUAAAGAUGCAUUUUUUUCAGAUAAAGGGAAAGUAGCAGGUACAUUUACAGCAGUAGGAGUAGUAAUUUUAGGUAUUGUAUCAGCAAUAUUUUAUUGUUGUUGUUGUGGAGCAUGUGGAAAAAGAUCAAAUUCAGAUGAUAAUGAUGGAUAUACAGAUGAAGAAAAUCAAUAUUCUGAAAAUUCAUCAGCAAAUAAUGAUUAUUAUGGAGCAUUAGGUGGUAAAAAUAUGUCAUCAGAAAAAAAUGGUUAUAUAUUAAAUGAAAAAAAUCUUAAUAAUAACCCAAGUAAUAAUCCUCAUCAACAAAUGGCUUACGGUAGUAAACAUUCAAGUUUUAGUUCAUUGAAAAGAGAUAAUUCAAGUAAAACAUUAUUUUCAUUAUUUAUGAAUAAUAACCACAAUAAUAAUGAUGAAAAAGAUCAUAAUCAAAAUAUGGGAAGUACAGGAGGAGCAGGAAUAAAUAGAAAUUUAUCAAGAAAAAAAUUAAUGAGUAGAAGAAAUAGUUCAAAAGAUAUAAACUAUGGACAUCAUAGAAGUGGAUCAGGAAGUUAUGAAGGAUCAGAUGAUGGAUUAGGAGGAAUAAUGUUUCCAAUAGAUGAAUUAGAUAAUAAAUUAGAUCCAGGUACAAUGUUUUUAAAUAAUAAUAAUAGUAAUUUUUCAAAUAAUUCCGUUAAUGAUGAUAUGAAUUAUUCAAGAAAAUUAAAAAUUACAAAUCCUGAUAAUAAUUAA